CUGGGGAGACCAUAUAUAGUGAAUGCAGGGUCCGGGGAGAGCAGAUAUAGUGAAUGCAGGGUCCGGGGAGAGCAGAUAUAGUGAAUGCAGGGUCCAGGGAGACCAGAUAUAGUGAAUGCAGAGUCCAGGGAGACCAGAUAUAGUGAAUGCAGGGUCCGGGAGAGCAGAUAUAGUGAAUGCAGGGUCCGGGGAGAGCAGAUAUAGUGAAUGCAGGGUCCGGGGAGAGCAGAUAUAGUGAAUGCAGGGGUCCGGGGAGAGCAGAUAUAGUGAAUGCAGGGUCCGGGGAGACCAGAUAUAGUGAAUGCAGGGUCCAGGGA